GCAAUCGGCUUCGUUCCUCCUGUCAUCACAUCCGUAAUGCAGCAAAUGCCCACAGCAAUGCCAAACAUAAUAUCACUUCCUUACGGCCGAUGUCCUCCCCUUCAUUUCCAAACUCCGAACUGGCGCCAUCUUCUUAAGCUGAUGGCCAGGUUAUCGGGUACAAGGAUCGAGCCUACAAUAGAGGCUGUAGCCGUGGUGAAAACAGAGAUGUUUCUUAGAACCGUCGUUCAGUUCGUCAGGCCUCAUCCUGCCUCUGAAGAUUGGAGGACGAUCAUAUGGCUAACGAUUGACCAUCCUGUCCCAGCAUCACUGCCUGGAGCUCGGAAAUAUACUAAUGGUGAUGUUGAUGUCCUCCCGUGGUCAUACACACUAUCUGCGCAGCCCGCUCUCCUGAGAGAUAAUGCCGAUUCGCAGAUAUCCCAAACAUACACUAUCCCUUCAACAGAAGCGGUGCCGUACCCGAAGCUGCCUAUCACAUUUCCCAAUAUGGCGCUAUACCUUCAAGCGGCAUUGGAUGAGUCGCGUCGGUACUCAAACGAUGGCUCGAGCGGCAUGCGAAAGUUGUCACGAAUGAUGGAUAGGUGUUAUCCUACACUUGAGAGUAUGAACCUAGCUGAGAGCUCUGAGAGGAGUGGGAUGGGUCGAGUCUUCAGAAAGGUGAUGGGCCGAGGAAACAAAAAUAACAAGCAAGGACGAGGUGGCAAUAUGGACACAUAUGAACUUGUGACACCAUUUGUGUCAGAGGAGUGGGGGUAAACGUACUCGCUUGCCAUGCAACUACUGCUACUACUGCUAUACUUGUGUCAUUACUUUUUAUUGAGCCGUAAAAUAUCUAUACAUCAAAAUCGGCUGGUUCGGCGGAUUAGGCCGGCCAUCCGUACGAUCUCUGUCACUGUGACGUGUCACGUCACAAUCCUACCCUGCCCCUUACAAACCACCUUGCAUCUCUUGCAUCCCUUGUCAUGUCCGUGGCUUCAUCUUCGUUGUCAACGCAGCCGCUAGCACCACUGAGUCUCGAACAAGAAGGUCCAUCCAGCAACUCUUAUUAUAUAUCGAGCUCAUUCUAUCUUAGACCAAAUCAUCCUCGCCCGUAUAACCAAUGAUGAACGAUACCUGCGUCGCGUCAUCAAGAAAUUUCACAACUAUGCUUCCGUA